AUGCACGGCGGCCGCGGUGUGUGCCAGUGGUGUGCGCGCUCGUCGCUCGUGGAAACCCGCCAAAACCCGCGGCCGCGAACAACCACCAGCAAGAGCAGCAGCAACAGCAACAACAACAGCAGUAGAAGGAAAAGGAGGAGAAGGAGGAGGAGGAGGAGGAGGAGGAGAAGGUGGAACAGCAUUAGUAGUAGUAGUAGUAGUAGUGGUAGCAGCAGCAGUAGCAGCAGCAGCAGAAGAAUAAGCAGCGGCAGCAACGUAGAGAGCAGAAGAAGAAACAGCAGCGGCACUAGCAGCAGUAGCAGCGCGCGACGUUGUGCUGUUUUGACAACUAUCCGCCGCGUCGGGGCGUCGCGCCGUUUUUCUCGCGGCGGCGGCGGCAACAGCAGAAACAACGACACAGAUCCGUUUGAGUAGCUCGUUGCUCACGACGACGAUAACGGUGGCAACGACGACGCUGGUGGCGGCUGCGUUCUGUUAUUAUUUUGCCGCGGUGCUUUUGACCCUUCGAACCGGGCGAGUUCAUUGCAGUGCUUCCGCGGGGGUGUUAGCCAGUUUUAUUACUCCGGCCUUCUCCGUCCGCAGCAGCAGCGCCGACGGCGCCAGAACACGAUAUGGUAUAUGCAGCGUGUUACUAGUGUACGUGCUCGAUCCCAACGAUAA